AGUAAGUGCUGUCAGUAACUGGACUGUAUGUCAUAGCUGUAGACAUGACUGAAAAUGACUUUUACCUUGCAGCAUGUUUUCUAUUGUGUGAUGUACAUGCUUUUGAUGUGUAUUAAGUAGAUGCUUUACUUGGCUUUGCUGCCCAGUAUACCAAGUUUGUCAUUUAGUCUUUAGCUAGUCUAACAAUAACUAUAGCACUAAUUCAGACUUGAAAUUCAUUGAGUACAUCGCUAAACGAAUCCCUAUUCAGACAUUUAGUUUUCCCUCAGACAGUGUAGAAAAAAAACUAUAGCGGCAAAGCUUCCCCAGAGCUGUCUGUUUCUCACUCAGGAGCAUUUCAGUUGGCUGAACACCUGUGUUGAUGCUCAUGAUGUCCCACUUUGAUAAGGUUUUGUCAUGGCCUCAUUGGGAUCUAAACCGUCUGGUUUUUCAUUAGAAAUUCAUGAGAAAUGUUGACAGCAGGCAGGUUCUUUAAAGAUCUAAAAUGCAUAAGUUAAUAAGUUAUUUCAUUUUUGUCAUAGAUGGUUUUAUUUUAACUUCACUAAGAAGCUGAAAAGUGUGACGAUACCAGAGAUAUGAGGAUACAAUGAUAGAUCAGUCAGAAAAAAAAAUCUUGACCUUGAUCUUAUUAAUACUGCUGCGGUAAGACCAAUAGUACAGAUAAGCACAUAAACAUGGUAUAAUAACAUGAUUCUUCUACCAUGAUGUACAGUAAAGUAGUUCAGUAUAAAGUUUUACAACAAUUUUCAUAGCAUCUCAUACUGGAUCUUUACUUAAAGUCUUUUUCCUGUUGAUUUAAAUUCAAACUAAGGGCAAUCAGUAAAUCACGAAGCCAUUGUGUAGAAAUGGGAAGUAAACUAUUGUAACUCACAAACCCCUAAUAACAAAUUGAUGACAAAACUUAAUCAUUAAAAGCAUUCAUAACAACAAAAUCCUUGGAAAAGGGUCACCAAAAAUAAUUAAAUAUAAUUAGAUAGUGUAUAUACACUUUUCUAACUUUCCCUAUGGUUAAACAAAUAUCCAUGUUUUUCUUAAGAUCAAGCUUGAGAACAUUGUAGUUUGUGAAGUACUUAAAAAAUGUAGCCUCAUAUCAGACUGUCCUAAAAAGCAAAAGAACAGUUAUGUAAAGUUUUGAUUCGAAGUCAAUUUAUGAUGUAUUUCUGUAGCAUGUUUAAAAUAACCACAGUUGACCAAAGUGUUUUACAGGCUAUAAUGGGGCUAAAUACUGCUAGUGCUGUGCUCAUAGUGAUUUCUGCUGGUCUAUUUUGAUAGGCCACGACACAGAGUACUGUCUGGACUUGCCCUCUUUGUGAAGUGUCUUGAGAUUUCUUUGGUUAUGAGUUGGCACUAUACAAACAAAGAUUGACUCAUUUUUCUCAUUUUGCAGUCACGUAAGAAAUAAUAGUGGUAAUAAUAGUGGUGUGAACUGGUCAGCUUUUAGGCUGAACCUUCAACUGUCUUGUCACAAUGGAGAUGGACAAAUACAGUCUGGACCACUUCUUUUAAAUUGCAUUGCUUCAUGCUGAUAUUUUCUGUUUAUUUAUACAGUUUAAGUGCAACAAAUACCCUUAGCUUACAUUAUCGUCUUUCAUUUUAUACAGAGCAAGGGUAUGAAGUACCGAGUACGUAAUACAGCAAGUAUAUGGGUGCCUGUUCAUAAGGUAAUGUGAGCAAUAGAGCCCUGAAAUUGCUUUUAGUUCCUACCCUGUAAUUCCCCCUCCCCCUCAAUAUCUUCUAUCUUCCAUCCUCCAAAUUUGCUGUCUGAAGAUUGGCGAUGUAUGUUGUUUUUGUUUGUAUAAGGAGCAUAUUUUGAACAGGUGGAUCAUUCAUAACUGUAUGUUGCAAUCUUGCCUGCAAACAGCUAUACUUUGUGUUCCCUAUGUUAAGUCCUUGACUGGUUGCACUUUGAGCAUGUUUUCAGUGAAAUGUAGGCCUCCCAAAUGCCUGUUUCUUUCCAUUGACCAAGAGGUGACCUAGAUUCUGCAGCUCAGCAUACUGAUCAGUUGCUCUUGUGUUCGUAGAGAUAUACAUGUUUUAAUGCUCUCUUGUCUGUAGUUUGUGACUGGCAGGCACCUGUGUGAUAUACUGUGAGUAUCCUGCAUUUCCCUGUGGAUAGGGUUGACAUGAGAGGGUCUGUGUCUGAACUUUGCUCUUUGUUCAGUUACUGAUGUUAUUGUCUCCCUGAUCUUUAAGCUCUCUUUGUCUGGUCUUAUCGAACAGCAAAAUUAUGAGAAGCACCAGCCUCUAACAUGAUUGAUUAUAUUUCUUAACAUGUAGUAUGUUAGCAUUUCUACAGAGAUCUGACUCUUUAUGGGUUGAGAGGUGGAGUCUCUUGCAAGAUCAAGAAGAAACCCCCAUCUGCUACAGGGAGAAGUGAAAUACCAUCAAACAUGGAGCUGAAUGCCAAAGAGCCAUAUGUGACUUAAAUUAAGUGAUGGUGAACGGUGAGAAGGAGCGAGUGUCGCUGCUGUUCAUGAAGGCUCUGGUCAGCAGGGGGAGCGUGGACGCCGUGUCCCAGCAGAUGGCGACUCACCCUCAGUACUUGGAGAGCUUCCUGCGCACACAGCACUACAUCCUGCACAUGGACGGCCCCCUGCCACUGCCAUACCGCCAUUAUAUCGCCAUCAUGGUCAGUCACCAGGCUGCUGCACAGCAUCACUGCAACUACCUGGUGUACCUGCAUUCUGCUCAGUUUCUGAGGGUUGGUGGGGAUCCUUUGUGGUUGGAGGGUUUGGAGGCAGCGCCCCCUCGCCUGCGCCUCCUUGACCACAUCAAUAAAGUGCUGGCCCACCAACCGUGGCUCACUACCUGCUCAGACAUCCAGGCGCUGCUGAAGUCAGGCGAGCAGUGCUGGUCUCUGGCUGAGCUGGUGCAGGCCGUGGUCAUCCUGGCCCACUGCCACUCCCUGUGCAGCUUUGUGGUUGGAUGUGAAACAGACUCAGACUUUGUCCCUCUCUCCAAAUCUCCCAACGGUACCCCUCCAACCUUCUGCCCCUUUGAUGCUGCCAAUGGCAACACCAACGUGCCUCAGUCUCUUUGUGCUCCAUCUGAACACACGACACGACGACGGUCUCUGGACUCCAGCUGUGACAUGGUGUGUCUAAAGGAGAGGAUCCAGAAGUCUCAGGAGGAGCGUGAGAAGAGAGAAGAGCGUCUACUGCAGACCCAAACACUCCAACAAACAGACAUGGAGGAAGAGGAGGAGAUGAUUUGCUUCGCAGAUCCAACACAUUUCAUCACAGACCCCAACUUCUGCUAUCACGAGUUCGCACGGAGAGAGGAGGACCACUUUCAAGUGUUUAGAGUUCAGGACUACUCCUGGGAGGACCACGGCUUCUCUUUAGUCAACAGGCUGUAUUCAGACAUUGGGCACCUCCUGGAUGACCGGUUCAGGAGCGUGACCACCCUCCCCUCAUUGCACAGCCCCGACCUGAAGAGGGCAAUCUGGAACUACAUCCACUGUGUGCUAGGAAUACGGUACGAUGAUUAUGAUUAUGGAGAAGUUAACCAGCUGCUUGAGCGGGAUCUGAAGCUGUACAUCAAAGCUGUGGCCUGUUUUCCGGAUGUCACUAAAACCCCAGUGUGUCCGCUGAGUUGGGCUCCGCUAAAAAGCUCAGAACGGAUACACGUGAAUUUGCUAAUCAUGGAGGCCCGGCUUCAGGCUGAGCUGCUGUACGCUCUGAGAGCCAUUACACAGUACAUGAUCGCCUGAGAGCUCAAUGAGGCACAAAGCCAAAACUUUCCAUUGGUACAGAGAGACUCAGAUACACGAGGAUGAAGAAAUCUGAAGAGCAGACAAUGAAGCAGGACGUGGGCUGUACUUUUAAGGUCAAAGAGCUCCAUCAAUCUGAAGCUGUGCCUCAUGAAUGUGCUUUUUUUCUUCAGAUUUAAUGUAUUUAUACCAGUGUGCCACAUCUCCCUCCUCGUUACCCUUCUACAGAUCAUCAAUAAGUCCUCUUAUCAAACAUCUCGGCUCUUAAAGGUUACGUGCAAUUAUUAACAGGCCUUGUUUUAGAUUUUACCUGUUGUUUUUUUCUGUUUAACUCCAUCAGUGUGUUACAGUGGCCAAUAUCUUUCCUGUUUAGUUUGAUCAUUUUUGUAUUUACUAUGCUACCCCUCCAUCCCAAAAGAAAAAGAAAAAAAUCCAUGUUGAAUGAAUGUUAAUGGGAGAGUUAAAGGCCUGUUUUUUUUGUUUUUUAGUUAUUUUUUUGACAAUCCUUGUCAGUGUUGGAGGAAGACAUUUCAAAAUGAACUGUGAAGGAUGACAUUUAAGCUCUCCAUAACAUUUUGUAUUAAUGCUGUCCAAGAGCAAACAACAGUUACACUGCUGGAAGUUUCCUCAUCCGAUAGUUUCUUUUAAUAAGCACUUUUAAAACUUUAUAUAUUUAUAAUGCAAGGUAGCUCAUUAGUAGACAUUAAGAUGAUGCACAGUGUUUCGGUCUGAAGCCUUUCUUCUCCACUGUAUGACGACUAACGGGGAUUUCUACACUUUGUCUUUGAACAUAUUCAGACUUUUUUGACUUUAGAUUUCUGUCACUUGAUCCAAGAUAUUUCAGUGAACUAUUGAAAGGACUUUAAAAGUUCUGAUCAGUUUGAAAAAGAACAUGAAACUUAAAGUUAACUCCCAUGUUGUUAGAAACAGCUGAACCAUUUAUUAAACAAUCGAUUGUUUUAUUCAACAAUAAAACCACAAUCACAAAUGAUCAGCUGAAAGGCUGAAUUUCAGAAUGAGGCCGCUUAAAAACUUGAAUGGUGAAUUAAAAGUUUUGAAAUGUCCAGAGGCAGAUCUGCACUGGUCAUGAGUUGAGGUCGAGUACAGAUAUUUUUGUGACGUUUGUGUUCAAUCUUUGUGAGUUCUAUCAAAGCUGACUAUCAAGUCAGAAUCCAUGGUACAAUUUUCAGAGCAGAACAAUGUGCAAACUCGCUGUUAAACGUUCUUAUUUCCGUCUUUGUACUUUUAUUUUUACAUUUUGUAAACUCUAGUCCUUUUGUUGCAUUUCUGGGUGUGAUGUAGGACCUUUAGAUGUAGAGGUAUGACAGACUGUAGAUUUAGGCGUUAGUAACUUAGGGAUGUAGAGAAGAAACAGAAGGGCAUAUCGACAAAAAGCAAAGCGCUGUGAACACAGGUGCCUUCAGGCUUUAUCUGGAGUGCUGCUGAAGUGGAUCGAUGUGACUACUGGAGGCUGAAUGUGGGCUCUGCAGGAGAAAAACACUCAGCUGACGAGUGUAAAAAAGACUUGUGGUUUCUCCCUCAUGAAUGGGAAACUUAUUUUUUCCUGGAUUUAGUCAGCACCAUUUCUGACAAAUGUUACAGAGUACGUGAAGCCUGUGUUUUCAAUCGGACACUUUCUACGAGCCCCAGCAGCUCAGCAAGAGCCUUCGACACAGAUGGAUGUGGAAAAUGUUCAAUUUGAGCAUAAAAAUGUACUAUUAUUUAAAAAAUUAAAAAAAAAAGAACAAAAGAAAAGACAAAAAAUGUUUUUGAAAAUGUGAAGAAAUGUUUUCUAUAAAGAUGCUCUAUG